GUCGUCCCGUCGGUCCCCGUGCUUGGACUAGUUCGCGCAUGAUCGUUGAGAUUUCGUAUUGAAAUCUAAGAAAUCAUGCUGCCACGAGUAUAUAUGUCGCACUAGCGACCGAUAGUGUGGAGUAGUGGAGCUGUGGAGUGACAGCGAGGAUAGUUGGCGGAAACAACCGGUUACAAUUGAGCGAACGGCGAUCGCGCGGCGCGGAACUUCGGCUGGGGCCGUCGCGCGAGAGCCUUCUCUCCCCCGCCGGCGUUCGCCGAUUUUCUCUCGGUGAACCGUGAGGGGAUUCGAACCGCCCGAGGAUGGGCCUGCUCUCCGAGGGAAGCCCGCUGAGCUGGGAGGAAACGAAGAAGCUGUCCGAUCACGUGCGCAAGCAUGGGGUUAUCCAGUUUAUUAACCUGUACAAGAGGCUCCGGGACAGGCAGGGAGACGUUCUCAAGUGGGGCGACGAGGUAGAAUAUAUACUCGUAAAGUUCGACGAUGAUGCAAAAACUGCAAAGCUUAGUUUAAGAGCUGUGGAAAUAUUAAGAAUCUUAAAUGAGAAAGAAAACGAAGAUCCAGAUAAUGUAAAGUCACUGUGGAGACCAGAAUACGGCGCUUAUAUGAUCGAGGGAACUCCAGGAAAACCGUAUGGAGGAUUAUUAGCUCAUUUUAACGUUGUCGAAGCUAAUAUGCGCUAUCGAAGGCAAGAGGCAACAAAAUUACUCCAACCUAAUGAAGUCUUGAUGUCACUAACCGUUUUCCCAAGAGUAGGAGCUCCUGAUUUUACCGAUCCCGUUACUCAUCCGACACCCAAUACUGGUGCCUCUAGGAGUUUGUUUUUCCCCGAUGAAGCUAUAUAUCCCGGUCACCCACGUUUCAAGACAUUGACCAGGAACAUUAGGGAACGACGUCAAGAAAAAGUUGCUAUAAACAUUCCUAUUUACAAAGAUGAAAAUGUGCCACUGUUAUUCAAAGAAGAUCUUGGCAGCAAGGGAGACGACGGGUCCUCAUCAAAGGCAGCUAAAGAUAAUCACAUUUAUAUGGACGCAAUGGGUUUUGGGAUGGGAUGCUGUUGUUUGCAACUUACCUUUCAGGCAUGUAACAUAGAAGAAGCAAGAACGUUAUACGACCAACUGACACCCUUAUGUCCAAUCAUGUUGGCUUUAACCGCUGCCAGUCCAUUUUAUCGAGGCUAUGUAAGUGAUGUUGAUUGUCGAUGGAACGUCAUAUCUUCGUCGGUGGACUGCAGGACGCAAGAAGAACGUGGAUUGAAACCUCUCAAAGAGAACAAGUUUAGGAUCAGUAAGUCUAGGUACGAUUCUAUCGAUUCGUACCUCAGCGAACAGGGCGAAAAAUACAACGAUGUCCCUUUGACGUACGAUGACGAGAUAUAUAAACAACUUUUGGAUAAUGGAAUUGAUCACCUGCUUGCGCAACACAUAGCUCAUUUGUUUAUCAGAGAUAGUGUCUCCUUAUUUUCCGAAAAAAUCCAUCAGAAUGAUCUGGAAGAUACUGAUCACUUUGAGAAUAUACAGUCUACGAACUGGCAAACUAUGCGCUUUAAACCACCACCGCCAAACUCGUCUAUCGGUUGGCGCGUAGAAUUCCGUCCAUGCGAAGUUCAAAUCACGGACUUCGAAAAUGCCGCAAUAGUUUGUUUCACGGUACUAUUGACGAGAGUCAUUCUGAGUUACAAGCUGAACCUUUUAAUCCCGAUCAGUAAGGUUGAUCAAAAUAUGGUCAGGGCUCAGAAAAGGGAUGCAGUAAAAGUAGAGAAAUUUUGGUUUCGUCGUGAUAUUACCUCCGACAUAAAGUCUGACAACACUCAAUUGGAAUACACCGAGUUUACGAUCAAUGAAAUUAUCAAUGGAAAGAAUGGCGUUUUCCCUGGUCUUGUGCCACUUGUAAACUCGUAUCUAGCUAACAUGAAUGUAGACGCUGAUACACACUGCACUAUCCAAAGAUACCUAAAAUUAAUACAGAAACGAGCUUCUGGUGAGCUUUUAACAACUGCCGCAUGGCUGAGAAAAGAGGUCACUUCGCAUGCUGAAUACAAGCACGAUGCAGUAAUAACACAGCGCAUCAAUUACGAUCUACUAAAGAAAAUUGAUAGCAUCGUCUCCAGCGAUAUAUCGUGUCCGGAAUUACUCGGACAGUGUGUAUCGUCUAAAACUACCGAUACCAUACCUGCUGCCGUAGCUAAAGCGGAAAAGUGUUCAACAACAAAUUGUUAACGAUAACGAUGUCGAGACAUUUCAGAAGUCUAUUUUACUGAACUAACCGGGUUUGUGAUAAAAAAUUAUUUACGCAGGUAUCACUUACAAAAACUUGAGUGAAUUUCCAUGUUUAAAGAUUGCGCGUAAACGCAAUCUGAUUGUCCACGAUUAUUAUCCUUAUUAUAAAGAUAACUAUUUUCGAGUAGGUAUAUCUUUGAAUAUUGUAUGCAGUAUUUCUGGAUCAUGUUAAGUAAUAUUAGAGUCCGUUUUUCUGUUUAGUAAUACAUACACUGAAUAAAUGUAAUUGAAUUAAAAGGAUCAAAAAAUACAAAUAUUUAAGUGCUAAAACACUAGCUAAAGUAUUAGAUAGUUCAAUGAACAAAUGUUAUAAAAGAAAAGAGAUUAUAUAUGUAUCGAUAGAUAUGUACUUAAGAUUUAAAAAAAAUUGUACAAAAAUUGUGCAUAUAUUGAUAUAUAGCUAGCCUUUGGAAUAUAGAUUAUACAGCAUUAAUUAUAAAGUAAGACGAUACGAAUUAAAAUUGUAAAAUGAGAAAAAGAUGCACAUAAAGUAUGCAUAUAUAUGCGCUAAUAGUUUUCGCAAAUUGAAAUUACUUUAAGUCAAAUUGUUAUUAUCUGAAUAAAACGAUAAUAUAUCUGCA